UUAGAUUAAAUUGCAUAUAUAUAGUAGUGUGUAUGAUUUCUUACAUUUUAAAGACUUUUCUAUGACUAUACAGCAGUAUAUUGACUGCAUUGGCCAGAUGAUGCACCUUUUGAGAGCACAUAAUGGAAGCAAUGGUCAUUAAACCCACCUUCUGUUUUUGAAAAUAUUCUGCCUAGUUGUUUACCCACACCAGCAAUUAAAGUUAGAAAAACUGUAACUUCAAGCAGUUUUUGGAAUAUUUUACCAGGCUGUCUAUUUGUGAACCAUAUUCAUACUUUAUCAGAGAUGCCAUUUAAAUUUUUAUUUUGUGGUAAAGCUGAAAAAGAAACAAAUAAUGUGUUGGAUUACAGUCAUAAAAACCUAAUGAACGUCCCUGUUGAUAUUUACAAUCAUGUUCAUACUUUGGAAGAAUUGUAUUUGGAUGCAAAUCAAUUAAAAGAAUUACCCAAGGCUUUAUUUACACUGCAACAUUUGAAGCUUUUUAAUAUUAGUGAUAAUGAAAUUGUUGUGCUGCCUUCGAAUAUUUCAAAUCUUUCACAUCUCCUAGAGCUUGACAUUAGUAAAAAUGGUUUUCUUGAGUUACCUGAUGAUAUCAAGGGAAUGAAGUCUUUGCAGAGUUUUGAUUGUAGCGUAAAUCCAGUUGGAAGAAUGCCAGAUGGAUUUACAAUGUUGUUAAACCUAACUCAUGUAUAUUUGAAUGACUGCUUUUUGGACUUUUUACCUGCAAAUAUAGGAAGAAUGAUAAAACUUGAAGUAUUAGAAGUGCGUGACAAUCAUUUGACCAUGAUCCCAAAAUCAAUAAAUCGCUUAAAAGAUUUGCGGAGGUUUGACCUUGGUCAUAAUGAGUUUUGUGAACUACCAGAAGUGAUUGGAACAUUGACCAAUCUUAAAGAGCUUUGGUUAGAUGGAAAUGAAAUAAAAUGUUUACCUUCUGAAAUUGGCAACUUGAUUAACCUUGAAUAUCUUGAUGCAAGUGAAAAUAAAUUAGAGUGGAUUUGCAAUGAAAUUGAAGGCUGCGAAAUGCUAACAGAUUUGUAUUUGACUGCUAAUAAUCUCGUUCAGUUGCCAGAAAGUUUAUGUAAAUUGAAAAUGUUGGAGAUAUUAAAAGUUGAUGAGAAUCAGCUGACUCAUCUUCCAACUUCUAUUGGAGGUCUGUCAAGUUUAAGAGAGCUUAUAUGCAAUAGAAAUCAACUUGAGACAAUGCCUCCAGGUAUCGGGUUGUUACGAAAGCUCCAUACCCUUAAUGUUGAUGACAACUUUAUAGAAUACUUACCUGAUGAGAUAGGAAGCUGUAUUGGUUUGACAAUUGUUUCAUUAAGACAAAACCGGCUAGUUCAUAUACCUGAUGACUUUGGCAGAUUAGCCAACUUGGUUGUUUUAAUGAUCAGUUCUAAUAUGAUAGAGUAUCUGCCAUACUCCAUGAUGAAAUUAAAGAAGUUACAAGCGCUUUGGCUCUCAGAAAACCAGGCAAAGCCAUUAAUUCCACUGCAAACAGACUGGGAUCCUAUAAAUGAACGCCGUUUUCUUACCUGUUAUAUGUUUCCUCAGCGUCCUAUUAAUGAUGGUGAUAUUUUUGAAGAGAAUGAACCAGAUAACGAGCAAUCAAAUUUUCAACCCACUUACCAUGAGGAGGAAUGGAAAAAGCGCACUUCUGUUUUGUUUGACAUAGACGAAGAAGACCCUCAAGUGGUUCGCUUAUCUCGUCAACCUACUCCUUUUCCUAAAGACAUUAAGGACCGUGUGAAUCAAUAUCGUCAGCAUGCAAUUGCUAAAGGUCAUGUAACUGAACACCAUUCUAAUGGUGAGAUGGUAUUCUCAGAGGGUGAAACAGAUAAAGACUAUAAUAUAAGAUCGGAACAUAUUAUGAGAUUAUUAGAAACUGAAACUGUGAAUUCAUCAUCAAAAACAGGUGAAGAGGAUGAGGAAGAACAGUUAUUGGAUCAGUUACAGAAUACAUCGCUUACUCGUCCCAACAGUCAGUCAAUUCAGAGACUUACAAGUAACUCAAGUAGUUCAUCAUACAAACUUCCAUCACUUGGUUGCUACAGUGAUGAUGAUCUUGAUUCUUCAGUUAAACCAAACAUUAAGCUGAGUUCAGAUUCUGGACUUGGAAGCAUGCAGUUAAUUGAGGAGUCAAACUUAUGGAGGAAUGAGUACCCAACAAUCCAUGAGGUAGAAGAUAUUAUUCGAGUCACCAUCAAGAAAACACCAAAUCUGGGCUUUAGUGUUUCUGGUGGCAUUAACUCUCCUGGAAAUCCGUUUCGACCAGAUGAUAUGGGAAUAUUUAUAACAAAGAUUUUAUCUGAUGGACCUGCUGCUUCUCUGUUACAACCAGGAGACAAGGUCCUUGAGGUCAACGAUAUUGACUUUACUAACAUUCAUCAUAACGACGCUGUAGAUGUUCUAAAAUCAUGCGACGUAGUCUACAUGACGCUCUCUAGAAGGCAUUAUGAUCAGACGUAAUGAGAGUUGUGUAAAUCAGUACUGCAUUAGUAUAGAAUGUUACUCUAAGUUGAGCCAAACAGUUCUAGAGGAAGAUUAAUGGUAAAAGCGAAAAUUACGUUCGGUUUGGUUAGAGUGCAAAGGAUGCGCAUCUCACAAUUACCUAAAGAAACCUCACGUUUUUAGUUGACAUUUAUAUUCAUAUUCCAUAAAGCAGUUAAUUUUACAUUGAGUCGGUGAAGCCAUUGCUGUGCGAAAGGUCUUUGUCGGCCGUAUAAUCAUUUAAACCAUUUACUAUGUAAAUAAUUACUUGUAUUAACUAUUUCCACAUUAUUAUAAUCGUUAUUACAUAUGUCAAUUAAGUUAUUGGAAAUAAAAUAGUAUAAGUAGUCAAUAGGAAACUAUUGGUGAUUUUUAGCAACCUUUUUAGCAAUUCGGAUUAAUGGUAAAAUUGUUGAAAAGUCCAUAAUGCUUAUGCUUUUAUAUUUCAAUGGACGUUGUUAAAAGUUGCAACAUUUUUUAUGUGUUUUAACUAUUCAUUUAGAAUGUAUUGAUUUUUUUUCUAUUUAUCAAUGAAUUUGUGAAAUUUGUACAUAGUUGUGUUUUAUAAACAUUUUAUUAAUUGAUAAUAGCGAAAAUCG